GCCCCUCCACGCUUCACACAUGGCCCCUCCAAACGAUAAACCCAGCCUCAAAUCCGUCCUCGUAACCGGCGGGUGCGGCUUCAUUGGCCACCACCUUGUUUCCGCCAUACUCGAGGUCGAACCCAAUUGCAAAGUCUAUGCUUUCGACAUCGACACCAAUCGCCCAUCACGCCAACAUGCCUCUGCGAUCUACAUCACCGGCGAUAUCACCGAUCCAUCUGCAGUUGAUGCAGCUUUCGCUGCAAUGGCGAAUCCACCACUCGUCAUCUUCCACAUAGCCUGCCCACCUUCCAUGGAACCUGACCCUCAGCUUCACUGGCGCGUCAGCGUAGAAGGGACGCGAAACCUUCUUGCAACCGCCGAUCGCGAUGGGGGUACGCGGGUUCUGGUUCUAACUUCCUCCACUGCAGUCGGGUACGACGACGUUGCGGAACUACGAGACGUGAAGGAACUACCAGUCCUCGAUGCCUCGAAGCAGUCACGCAGCUACUCCCUAGCCAAGGGGGUUUCCGAGCAAGAAGUGAUUGCUGCGAACCGGAAGAAUGCCAAUGGGAUGUUGACGUGUGCUCUACGUCCUUGCACGACAUUUGGCCCGGAUGACCCGCUGUUCUUUGAGAAUAUUCUAAAUGUCGUGAAGAGAGGGCAAGAAAAGUACAGGUUUGGGAGCGGCGAGAAUCUCUACGACUUCGUCUAUGUUGACAAUGUUUGCCAUGCCCACCUUCUCGCUGCUCGGGCUCUGAUAGCCGCCCAUAGGGAGGCGCCAUUACCGGCUGCUGAACGUGUGGAGGGCGAGGUGUUCAACAUCACGAACGACGAACGGAUUCCUUUCUGGGAUUUCACUAUGAGAACUUCCAACCUCUUUGGGUCACCGAUUACGCACAAUGAUGUAGUAUCAAUUCCUAAGCCCAUAGGUUUGACGAUUGGAUUUCUAGCCGAAUGGUUGGUUUGGGCUUUUUCGUUGGGGAAAAGACGGUCGGCGGUAUCUACUGCAGCUGUGAGAUACGCUGUUUCUUCCUACACCUUGAAUAUUGACAAGGCCAACGAAAGGUUGCAGUAUAGCCCUCCAGUUGGACUACAAGAGGGACUUGACCGAACGGUUGAUUGGUAUAAAAAACAAAGAAAAUGGUAAUGACGGGCGGAUUCAAUAGAAGUGUUAAGAAGAUGGUGUCUCGGAAUCUAG